CAUCCGGCGGAAGAAGUUCAGAUUUGUUUACAGCUGCUAGGCAAUGAAUGAAAUUAUAUGCAUUAGAAAAUCCACAUUUUUGUAGUGUAGCAGUAUUGCACCAUUAUGCAGAAUUGUUAUAAUGCUGGACGAAUACCUAGAGAAAAUGUGCAUGAUCAAAAUGUCAAGGGUCAAGCAGAAUCAUUUAACUUUAUCAAAGAAUUAGCUGAGCAGAAUAAACUCUUGAAACUAAGAAUUGAAGAGCUAGAGACUGAACAUGCAAACUGUGUGGAAUUACGCACAUACGUUAAGGAGAGUAAAGAAAAAAUUAAACAGAUUCAAGAACAACAUCUCAAGCAGAUGGAUGAAGUGAAUGCUAUGCUGGCUGAAAAACAAAAACAGGAGAUAAUGAAAAUAGUACAAGAAAAGUUGAACAUGGAACAAAAGUACAAAGAACAAAUAGAAAAGUUAAAAGCUCAGAUUUCUCAACUAGAGACUACAAACAGAGAGUUAUUAUUCAGAAUAGACAGUAUGGCAGAAUCUGAAGAGCAAGUUCAUUCUCUAAAGAAGGAGAUAGAAAGUCUUAAAAAGAGAAUUAAAGAACUGGAAGAAGAGCUAAAAUCAAUUAAAGAAAAAGAAAAAAAUACUAUAGAUCCAACUGAAUAUUUAGCUGAAAUAGAGGAAUUGAAAAAGAAAAAUUGUGUAUUGACACAUGAAGUCAGGGCAAAAACUCAAAAAAUUAUUGAAUUAGAUUUCCGAUUGGAUAAGAUGGAGAGAGAAUUGGACGAAAAUCCAGAAGAUGCUGACAAAAUAACAUUGAUUGAAAAUUUGAGAAUAAAAAUUACGCAAAUGCAAGCAGAAAGAUCUGCUGGUACAGAAAGAGAGCGAUAUUUUGAGAAAUUAAUAAAAGAGUUGCAAGCGGAAAUUGAACAGCUUAGAGAGGGAGUUUCAGUUUGUGAAGUAACAAAACACAGAUUGUAUGCGGACUACAAGAAAUUGUUGGAAGAGUACAACAAGCUACGUGAAAAAUAUGUUGUAGACAGUCAGCACAAAACAUUUCAGGAUUUCGUUCAGUUAAAAAGACAGCUAAAUCAUGUAAAAACUGAAAAUGACGACUUAAAACAAGUCGCAAGAUCAGUUUCUGGUGGCAGUCUUCCAACAUUAAAAUCAUCUGAAAAUGGUGUUACCAAAAAACGAAACUCAGGUUCACAUAAAAAACAACAGUUAAAGACAUUAAAGGAAUGAAAGUUCUAUUUAGCUGCAUUUGGUAUAGUGAUACUUGGUUUUAAUUGUCACUGGCAUGAUGAUUGCAUAAAUUGGCAUGCACAGCCAUUUAUCUAUUUUAAACAGAUGAAAAAAAUGUUUCUGCCUUGUAAGGUUAUUCAUUUAAGAAAUGAUUCAUUACAGCCUUAACUUGAUAGGACUUUUUUAAAUGGGUAUGAAUAAAAAGUGAUUUCAAGUAAAUAUCAUUAAGACAUAAACCUCGAAAUCAAAGUAAACAUAAAAAAAGACAUAAAAAAGUCAACAUAUAUAGUCUUCAAUGCUGGAAAAUUGUUCAAACCAAAUGUCAUACUGUAAAUUAUCUGAUUUCUGCUAAUUUUGAGGAACAGAAAAGCCCUAAAAUGCAUCACCUCCUUCAACCUUUUUUUGAUAUUAGAUCUCUGAUAUAUUAUACCAAGACAAAAACUAAAAAGAUUUGCAGAUAUUAUUCAGCAAAUAUAAUACUUAUCAUGUUGCUUCCAAAUGCAUCAUUCUUCUGGGGAAAACAGGUUGAAUAGGGUCCUUUUUAUUCAACAUGUUAACAUGUUUGAUAGUUUUUAUUCAUCAUAUUUUGCACACCAAAUCAUUUUAAAAUAUGCAAGCAUAGGAUAAUUUUUUUUAUUUUGAAAUUCAUUAUUAGUUUUAUGUUCUCUUCUGUAGGUAGCCCCCACUCCAUGUUUGACCCUAUAUUAACAUUAUAUCAUUAUAGUUCUAUGCAUUUACAUGCAGUGUAUUUAGUCUGUUUUAUGUUGCAUUACAAUUGAUGGCUAGUCUAACUGUCAUAUUUAAAGUGUUCAUUUUAGUGUAGAUAGCAGAAAAUUAAGGUUUGUAUGUAGUUGAAUAGAAGUAAAAUGAUCUUAGGGGGAAAUAAAUAUAUCAUAUCAUAUAAAAGAGAGGUGAAAGAUACCAAUGGAACAUUCAAAGAGCCAAAGAAAAAGUGAAUGUUGAAAGAGGUGCAAAAAUAUUUGUUUUAAGAUAAUAGUGAACAUGAGUUAAAGUUCUUUUGCUUCCGGAUAUCAUAAUGCUACAAUACUUUACCUGGAUCCCAUCAGAUAUAAAAUUAAUGUCUUUAAUGUUUUGAUAUGAGAUAAAGUUACCUCAAAGAAAGUAAACCAUAGUUUAAUCACUUUCAGCAAUAAGAUUAUAUUUGAAAUUUCCUCUAUUAUUGAAUGCAUUUUGAAAUUUCUGGGAAUAAUGGAUUCCUAUUCAAUUUUAGCACAAUGUUCCAUACCACAAUAGGAAGGUUGGGGGUUAUAGAAGCUGUUUAGGAAUUAGAGGCCAAAAAGGACCUAACAAAAACAAUUAUUUGUCUGGUUCACAGACAAUAACUUGAGUAUAACUAUAGAUCUGUAUUAAAUUUAAGCACAAGGUUCCAUUCCACAAUAGGAAGGUUUGGAUUUAUUUUGGGGGUUAUUGUUGUAGCUGUUUAGUAAUAAAGGACCAAAAAGUGAUCAAAACAAGCAUUUUUCAUGGUUCAGGACACUAAUUUGUGUAUUUGAGUAUGGAUUUCUAUAAAAUUUUACUACAAGGUUCCAUACUUCAAAAGGAAAGUUGGGAUUAAUUUUAGGGGUCAUGGUCCAAACUGUUUAAUAAUAAGGGCCGAAAAGGGGCAAAAAAACUAGGAUUUUCUGAUUUCUGGACAAUAACUUGGAGUAUAAGUCUAUUUAUUGCUAUUUAAUUGUGCCACAAGGUGUUAUACCAUAAAUUAAAGUUUGGGAUUGAUUUUAGGGGUUAUGACCCUAUUGGUUUAGUUAAAAGGGGCCAAAACCAAUACUUUGUAUAAAUUGCUUAUUUUUUUAGGCAAAUUUGAAUGGGAUUUAAUUCAAAAGUACUUAAUUCUUGGGAGUCUUUAAUGUGCUGAAUCUAAUUGGGUAUUUAAUAUUUGGAUUUUAGGGUCUGUUUUUGAAAUGAUUCAUAUUAAGGUCCAAAGGGUCCAAAAUUAAACUUUGUUUGAUUUCUUUAAAAAUUAAAUUCUUGGUGUACCUUGAUAUGCUAAUCUUAUUGUGUAUUUAGAUUUUUUAAGUUUGAGGCCUGUCUUCAAAUUGGUCCACAAUAAGGUUCAAAGGGUCCAAAAUACAACUUUUUUUUUAUUUAAAAAAAAAUUGAAUUCUUGGUGUUCUUUGAUAUGCUGAAUCUAAGCGUGUAUUUAGAUUUUUUAUUUGGGGCAUGGUGGGCCCACAUUAAGGUCCAAAGGGUCCAAAAUUAAACUUUUUUUUAUUUAAAAAAAAUAAGGAUGGUUGGGGUUCUUUGAUAUGCUGAAUCCAACCAUGUAUUUAGAAUUUGAAUAUUGGACGAUAAUUGGUAAAUGUCCAAUUUUAAAAUUAUUUAAGAACUUAUACCACAUUCAUUCUGUGUCAGAAACUAUGCUUUUAUAACAUAUUUGCUCAGAAUCUAAAUUCAGAGAUGUUAUUGCACAAUUAACAGAAAUUUUAAGUUGAGUCAUAGUUGAAAAUAGAUAUAACAUCAUAUCUAAUCUUAGAGAACUAUUUUUGUGGUUUACAUCACUGGUUCAUGGAAAAAAAAUUGGUUCACAGACAAUAAAUUUAGUAGAAGUGUAUGGAUGUGUAAGAAAUUUUAGCACAAGGUUCCAUACCACAAUAGGAGGGUUGGGAUAUUAAAUAGUUAAUCAAGCUCUACAUUUAUAGAUUUAUUAUAGAAAUUUUAAAUUGAGUCAUAGUUUAAAAUAGAUUUGCUGAUUCAGAUAUAUUAAUUGUGGUGAUAAUUGUGUAUGCAUUGUGUUUUAUUUAAAGAUUGUUAACAUGUUUGAAUAUUUUCUUAUGGUUGAAAAUUCCCUUGGAAAUUAAAAGAGACAUUUGUCCAUCUGUUGAAGUGGAAGUGUAGGUAAGUGAAGUUUUUAGAUACAAUUGUGCCAUACAUUAUGUUAUGUUACAUCUUAAUAAAAAAAAUGUUAUUUUUAGAUAAUAAUCUAUUUGUAUUAAAGGAUAUAUAUAUUGAAAUUUUGUGUUUCCUAAGUGUUGUUGAUGAUAAGCUCUGUAGGACGGUAUAAAUAUAGUUUGAAAUUUACUGUUCAUUACUAGAUAUUUUGAAGAUAAUUACAGAUAAGUUUAAAAGAUUUUUUAAAGACAUUGUAUUAAUGAUAAAUGAUAUUUUGGAAAUUAUUUUUUUCUUUUCUUUGGUAAAUUGUUUGUAGAAUAUUGUUGGUUUGUAUGUUAUUCUGUAUAAACUAAUUUUCUGAAUGCUAUAUAUAUUUUUAUGCCCCCACCGUAGCGGAGGGGGCAUUAAGUCUUACCCUUGUCCGUCUGUACGUCCGUACGUCCCAAAAUUGGUUUCCGUUCUCUAACUUUAGUUUGCCUCAACCAAAUACUAUGAAACUUAUACACAAUGCGGAUUACCACAAAACACAGAUCAAGUUUGAAUUUGGGUGGCGUCACUUUUACCGAUCUAGAGUUAUGCCCCUUUACAAAUGGAAAAAUUGCUGAAUUUUUCGUUUCCGUUCUCUAACUUUAGUUUGCCUCAAACAAAUAUUAUUAAACUUUUACACCAUAAUUAUUACCACUAAACACAGAUCAAGUUUGAAUGUUGGUGACUUGCACUUUUGCCGUUCUAGAGUAAUGCCUCUUUACAAAUGGAAAAAUUACUGAAUUUUUCGUUUCUGUUCUCUAACUUUAGUUUGCCUUAACCAAACGUUUGAAACUUAUGCACAAUGCUGAUUACCACAAAACACAGAUCAAGGGUGAAUUUUAGUGGUGUCACUUUUACCGUUCUAGAGUUGUGCCCCUUUACAAAUGGAAAAAUGCUAAAUUUUUCGUUUCCGUUCUCUAACUUAAGAUUGCCUCAACCAAAUGUUAUGAAACUUAUUACCACAAAACUCAGAUCAAGUACAAAUUUGGGUAGUGUCACUUUUACUGUUCUUGAGUUAUGUCCCUUUAUAAUGUUAUAUGCAUGCGGGGGCAUCAUCUGUGUCCCAUGGACACAUUCACCCAUUUUUUUAUUUUUUUUUAUGAAGCGAACUCCUUUAAAAACUAAGCUUAUAUGGUCUGUUAAUAAACAUGUUUUUAGAUUUUUGAUUUUGGGCCCAGUUUUCAAGUUGAUCAAAAUCUGAGUCCAAAAUUAAACUGUGUUUGAUAUCAACAUAAAUUGAAUAUAUGUGGGGUUCUUUGAAAUGCUUAAUCUAAACCUGUAUUUAAAAAUUUGAUUUUUGGGCCCAGUUUUCAAGUUGAUCCAAAUCAGGGUCCAAAAUUAAACUUUUUUUGAUUUCAUCAAAAAUUGAAUUCUUGGGGUUCUUUAAUAUGCUGAUUCUAACCAUGUACUUAUAUUUUGGAUAUAAACUAUAACCUGGUGUCAAAAAAUAAAUAUACCAACAAUUUAUUUCAACGUGCUAGCUUCCAGCAACCUGUAUUCCUUGUAAGGAAAUUUAACAGAUGAAUUAUAAAAUAAUAUCCCUCUGAUCCAAAAUUCAAAUUGAUGUAGUAAAAAGAACCAACAGGUGUGCACUCCUACUAAUUCCUAAAACUACAAAAAAAAGAAAGAAACUGAUUGUUUUCUAUGUACUACUGUCUUGGAAGGUUGCUAUGGUAACAUGAUAAGCACAUUCAUGAUAUUCACUAAUGUCUAAAUGAUCUGAGUUGGUAAUGUCAAAGUUAUGUUCUUUUAGUCUGUUUUUACUUUAUUGUCUCUCAAAAAAUCCAAUCCUAAAAUAGCUUUUGCAUGUAGCGUUUCAAAAAUUCUGAAUUUCUGGUUAUUUUUGUAUUGUCCAAAAGAAAGUUGUAGCACUAUUUCACCGAUUAUUGCAUGUACUUCUCCACAGACACCUAUUGCACUACUGAUUGUUGACUUCUGUAUCGCUGUAGUGGUGUUUAGACGAUAUAAUUGAUGUUGACUGAUACAGCUAAAAGAUGCUCCGCUGUCAACUAAACAUCUCACUUGAAGGUUCUCUAGUCCAAUUUCGACAAAGUUCCUCUCCAUGGUUGUUGUAAACUGGAAACUUGUGGUUCCUGGUAUUACACUGGAAAGCUUGGCACAUCUGUCUUUUUGGCAGCACCAUCCUUUUGAAAUUCUUUUUCUUCCCAUGAUAUUUCUAUUCCAAUUACCAAACUGAAACUAAAAGGAAUUUUUGUCAAUAUCUUGUUUAUGUCAAUACUCUAUCUUAAUGUACUCUUAAUAUUUAAUUAAUUACGCUAUUAAAAUCUCUCCUGAACUGAACGUUUACUUCUGUAAUGUUUUGCACAAACAAAUUUUAUAAAAUUACAGAUUCACACCAAGAAUCAACAUACAUCUAUACUUUUCACUAAAAAAUAUUAAAGUGUAAUAUAAUAAGCAAGAUGUACUUAUCUUUUAGUUGUGUGUUGUUGAAUCUGCAACUUGUCUCUGCUGUUACUGGUUCUCUCUUCCUCUCAUUGUCUCUCCUGCUGUUGUCUCAAUUUUGAAAAUUUAAGUUUUAGAUAAUUUUGAAUGAAUUUUGCCAACCUACAUUCUAGCUAUGCAGUUUCAGAAUCUUAUUUGUAUCGUGCCCAGGGUCAAACUCCACCAUAUCUGUCACCAAGGUCCAGAGCACUGUUAGAAAAGGGGGAGCUAACUCGUAUGUGCCGGAACCAAGGGACAGGGGGUCAGUCUAUCACUAGACUUAAUGUUCUGAUAGGCAUAGCUAAAACGCAAGGAAGGUUUUCAUAAUUUAAUUAACGAUAACAAUUUAGAUGAAUGAUGAUAACAAUCAAUUAGUAAACAAUGCCAAAUAAUAAUAAUAAUUAAAGUACAAAGUAUCAAAACUUAAUAUCAAAUCCAAAGUAAAACUAUUUCUCCUUACAAUGUAAAAUGUAAAAUAAAUGCCAAAACUACUAAAUCAUAAAAUGAACUUAAUCUCAAAAUCAAAAUGUAAAAGUCUCAAAAAUAAAAGAUUCUCAAAAGUAUUUUCCAAAGUUAAAUUAUGAGUCAGAGAUAAAUUUUGUCUCAACACUACACUGUCAACUGGUAGACUGGUAGACAGUCUUAUAGGUCCAGUAUCAUGACGUGAGUAGUGAGAGGUUGCGCUUCCGAAACACUGACUGUUUUCUAAAAAAAUAUCAAAAAAUAAAAGGUGAGUCAAAAAUAAACAUUUUUGUCUAAACACUACAAAGUCAACUGGUAGACUGAUCAACAGUCUUACAGAUCCAGUAUAGUAGACUUUAGCAGUGCAAGUUUAGGUUUCCGAAAGGUGACUGCUUUUCCAAAAUUUUACAACGCUAUUUAUACUAAAACCAAAAACUAAUGAAUAAGACUUGACAUGUCAAUAGUACUCUCAUUAGCAAAAAUAGACUUUAAUUAACAAAGCCUAAUCCUAUAAUGUUUUGAUAAAAUCUUAAACUUUCCAAGUGACAUAUGCUAAUUACAAUUAAUAUUUCAAAUCAAAGUGCUUUGAGCAAACUGUGACAUUUCGAGUAUGCCACAGGAUAGGUAAAAUUAAUUAAACAAAUUAAUUAAAAAUUUUACAAAAUACAAACUUAAAAUUUUCUUUCUAAAAGAUAAAACAUAUUUUUUAUCCAAAAUAACACUAACACAAAUAUAAGCCAAAUAACACACCAUGACAUAUUCCCCCCUACUCGUAUAUGUUUGUCCCCAAACAUGAUAUAAACAUUCACAUUAGUAACACCUAUAAAAAUCUGAAUACACUCUGUACAAACUAUAACCUGGUGUCAAAAAAUAAAUAUACCAACAAUUUAUUUCAACGUGCUAGCUUCCAGCAACCUGUAUUCCUUGUAAGGAAAUUUAACAGAUGAAUUAUAAAAUAAUAUCCCUCUGAUCCAAAAUUCAAAUUGAUGUAGUAAAAAGAACCAACAGGUGUGCACUCCUACUAAUUCCUAAAACUACAAAAAAAAGAAAGAAACUGAUUGUUUUCUAUGUACUACUGUCUUGGAAGGUUGCUAUGGUAACAUGAUAAGCACAUUCAUGAUAUUCACUAAUGUCUAAAUGAUCUGAGUUGGUAAUGUCAAAGUUAUGUUCUUUUAGUCUGUUUUUACUUUAUUGUCUCUCAAAAAAUCCAAUCCUAAAAUAGCUUUUGCAUGUAGCGUUUCAAAAAUUCUGAAUUUCUGGUUAUUUUUGUAUUGUCCAAAAGAAAGUUGUAGCACUAUUUCACCGAUUAUUGCAUGUACUUCUCCACAGACACCUAUUGCACUACUGAUUGUUGACUUCUGUAUCGCUGUAGUGGUGUUUAGACGAUAUAAUUGAUGUUGACUGAUACAGCUAAAAGAUGCUCCGCUGUCAACUAAACAUCUCACUUGAAGGUUCUCUAGUCCAAUUUCGACAAAGUUCCUCUCCAUGGUUGUUGUAAACUGGAAACUUGUGGUUCCUGGUAUUACACUGGAAAGCUUGGCACAUCUGUCUUUUUGGCAGCACCAUCCUUUUGAAAUUCUUUUUCUUCCCAUGAUAUUUCUAUUCCAAUUACCAAACUGAAACUAAAAGGAAUUUUUGUCAAUAUCUUGUUUAUGUCAAUACUCUAUCUUAAUGUACUCUUAAUAUUUAAUUAAUUACGCUAUUAAAAUCUCUCCUGAACUGAACGUUUACUUCUGUAAUGUUUUGCACAAACAAAUUUUAUAAAAUUACAGAUUCACACCAAGAAUCAACAUACAUCUAUACUUUUCACUAAAAAAUAUUAAAGUGUAAUAUAAUAAGCAAGAUGUACUUAUCUUUUAGUUGUGUGUUGUUGAAUCUGCAACUUGUCUCUGCUGUUACUGGUUCUCUCUUCCUCUCAUUGUCUCUCCUGCUGUUGUCUCAAUUUUGAAAAUUUAAGUUUUAGAUAAUUUUGAAUGAAUUUUGCCAACCUACAUUCUAGCUAUGCAGUUUCAGAAUCUUAUUUGUAUCGUGCCCAGGGUCAAACUCCACCAUAUCUGUCACCAAGGUCCAGAGCACUGUUAGAAAAGGGGGAGCUAACUCGUAUGUGCCGGAACCAAGGGACAGGGGGUCAGUCUAUCACUAGACUUAAUGUUCUGAUAGGCAUAGCUAAAACGCAAGGAAGGUUUUCAUAAUUUAAUUAACGAUAACAAUUUAGAUGAAUGAUGAUAACAAUCAAUUAGUAAACAAUGCCAAAUAAUAAUAAUAAUUAAAGUACAAAGUAUCAAAACUUAAUAUCAAAUCCAAAGUAAAACUAUUUCUCCUUACAAUGUAAAAUGUAAAAUAAAUGCCAAAACUACUAAAUCAUAAAAUGAACUUAAUCUCAAAAUCAAAAUGUAAAAGUCUCAAAAAUAAAAGAUUCUCAAAAGUAUUUUCCAAAGUUAAAUUAUGAGUCAGAGAUAAAUUUUGUCUCAACACUACACUGUCAACUGGUAGACUGGUAGACAGUCUUAUAGGUCCAGUAUCAUGACGUGAGUAGUGAGAGGUUGCGCUUCCGAAACACUGACUGUUUUCUAAAAAAAUAUCAAAAAAUAAAAGGUGAGUCAAAAAUAAACAUUUUUGUCUAAACACUACAAAGUCAACUGGUAGACUGAUCAACAGUCUUACAGAUCCAGUAUAGUAGACUUUAGCAGUGCAAGUUUAGGUUUCCGAAAGGUGACUGCUUUUCCAAAAUUUUACAACGCUAUUUAUACUAAAACCAAAAACUAAUGAAUAAGACUUGACAUGUCAAUAGUACUCUCAUUAGCAAAAAUAGACUUUAAUUAACAAAGCCUAAUCCUAUAAUGUUUUGAUAAAAUCUUAAACUUUCCAAGUGACAUAUGCUAAUUACAAUUAAUAUUUCAAAUCAAAGUGCUUUGAGCAAACUGUGACAUUUCGAGUAUGCCACAGGAUAGGUAAAAUUAAUUAAACAAAUUAAUUAAAAAUUUUACAAAAUACAAACUUAAAAUUUUCUUUCUAAAAGAUAAAACAUAUUUUUUAUCCAAAAUAACACUAACACAAAUAUAAGCCAAAUAACACACCAUGACAUAUUCCCCCCUACUCGUAUAUGUUUGUCCCCAAACAUGAUAUAAACAUUCACAUUAGUAACACCUAUAAAAAUCUGAAUACACUCUGUACAAACUAUAACCUGGUGUCAAAAAAUAAAUAUACCAACAAUUUAUUUCAACGUGCUAGCUUCCAGCAACCUGUAUUCCUUGUAAGGAAAUUUAACAGAUGAAUUAUAAAAUAAUAUCCCUCUGAUCCAAAAUUCAAAUUGAUGUAGUAAAAAGAACCAACAGGUGUGCACUCCUACUAAUUCCUAAAACUACAAAAAAAAGAAAGAAACUGAUUGUUUUCUAUGUACUACUGUCUUGGAAGGUUGCUAUGGUAACAUGAUAAGCACAUUCAUGAUAUUCACUAAUGUCUAAAUGAUCUGAGUUGGUAAUGUCAAAGUUAUGUUCUUUUAGUCUGUUUUUACUUUAUUGUCUCUCAAAAAAUCCAAUCCUAAAAUAGCUUUUGCAUGUAGCGUUUCAAAAAUUCUGAAUUUCUGGUUAUUUUUGUAUUGUCCAAAAGAAAGUUGUAGCACUAUUUCACCGAUUAUUGCAUGUACUUCUCCACAGACACCUAUUGCACUACUGAUUGUUGACUUCUGUAUCGCUGUAGUGGUGUUUAGACGAUAUAAUUGAUGUUGACUGAUACAGCUAAAAGAUGCUCCGCUGUCAACUAAACAUCUCACUUGAAGGUUCUCUAGUCCAAUUUCGACAAAGUUCCUCUCCAUGGUUGUUGUAAACUGGAAACUUGUGGUUCCUGGUAUUACACUGGAAAGCUUGGCACAUCUGUCUUUUUGGCAGCACCAUCCUUUUGAAAUUCUUUUUCUUCCCAUGAUAUUUCUAUUCCAAUUACCAAACUGAAACUAAAAGGAAUUUUUGUCAAUAUCUUGUUUAUGUCAAUACUCUAUCUUAAUGUACUCUUAAUAUUUAAUUAAUUACGCUAUUAAAAUCUCUCCUGAACUGAACGUUUACUUCUGUAAUGUUUUGCACAAACAAAUUUUAUAAAAUUACAGAUUCACACCAAGAAUCAACAUACAUCUAUACUUUUCACUAAAAAAUAUUAAAGUGUAAUAUAAUAAGCAAGAUGUACUUAUCUUUUAGUUGUGUGUUGUUGAAUCUGCAACUUGUCUCUGCUGUUACUGGUUCUCUCUUCCUCUCAUUGUCUCUCCUGCUGUUGUCUCAAUUUUGAAAAUUUAAGUUUUAGAUAAUUUUGAAUGAAUUUUGCCAACCUACAUUCUAGCUAUGCAGUUUCAGAAUCUUAUUUGUAUCGUGCCCAGGGUCAAACUCCACCAUAUCUGUCACCAAGGUCCAGAGCACUGUUAGAAAAGGGGGAGCUAACUCGUAUGUGCCGGAACCAAGGGACAGGGGGUCAGUCUAUCACUAGACUUAAUGUUCUGAUAGGCAUAGCUAAAACGCAAGGAAGGUUUUCAUAAUUUAAUUAACGAUAACAAUUUAGAUGAAUGAUGAUAACAAUCAAUUAGUAAACAAUGCCAAAUAAUAAUAAUAAUUAAAGUACAAAGUAUCAAAACUUAAUAUCAAAUCCAAAGUAAAACUAUUUCUCCUUACAAUGUAAAAUGUAAAAUAAAUGCCAAAACUACUAAAUCAUAAAAUGAACUUAAUCUCAAAAUCAAAAUGUAAAAGUCUCAAAAAUAAAAGAUUCUCAAAAGUAUUUUCCAAGGUUAAAUUAUGAGUCAGAGAUAAAUUUUGUCUCAACACUACACUGUCAACUGGUAGACUGGUAGACAGUCUUAUAGGUCCAGUAUCAUGACGUGAGUAGUGAGAGGUUGCGCUUCCGAAACACUGACUGUUUUCUAAAAAAAUAUCAAAAAAUAAAAGGUGAGUCAAAAAUAAACAUUUUUGUCUAAACACUACAAAGUCAACUGGUAGACUGAUCAACAGUCUUACAGAUCCAGUAUAGUAGACUUUAGCAGUGCAAGUUUAGGUUUCCGAAAGGUGACUGCUUUUCCAAAAUUUUACAACGCUAUUUAUACUAAAACCAAAAACUAAUGAAUAAGACUUGACAUGUCAAUAGUACUCUCAUUAGCAAAAAUAGACUUUAAUUAACAAAGCCUAAUCCUAUAAUGUUUUGAUAAAAUCUUAAACUUUCCAAGUGACAUAUGCUAAUUACAAUUAAUAUUUCAAAUCAAAGUGCUUUGAGCAAACUGUGACAUUUCGAGUAUGCCACAGGAUAGGUAAAAUUAAUUAAACAAAUUAAUUAAAAAUUUUACAAAAUACAAACUUAAAAUUUACUUUCUAAAAGAUAAAACAUAUUUUUUAUCCAAAAUAACACUAACACAAAUAUAAGCCAAAUAUCACACCAUGACAAUUGCCCCAACUGUUCAGGGUUUGACCUCUGCGGUCGUUUCAAGCUCCGUCCAGCGGAGCAUUUUAUUUGCCAUGGCAUAGUCAGUUUGUUUUCGAUUUAUGAGUGAAUAUCCCAAUGUGUCUUUCGCCUCCCUUUUGGAACAAAUGAUAAUAGGUCAAUAUUAUUAUGACUCAAUAAUACAUAAUACUUGAUAUACAAUUGCAUUACUUCAAUGCAUCUCAUUUCAUGGAGAUUAUUCAGUCUUCUUUCCUAAGUCAUGGCCAAUUGACCUUAAGAUUAUUAUUCUAAAUAGAAAAUGUUUUAUACGUUAGACCUGUUGAAUGAAGCUAUCUGGUUUGCUAUAUCAGCUCAAAUGGACUUCUUAAUUUUAAAAGGCUUAGUCCCUUGGUCACAGUCCAUUGAUUUUUAAAUUACGGUAUAUGUUUUAUCAAUGUUAUGAUGAAAUUAUUAUUUUUGGCAGGAAAAUUUUUUAGAAAUACAUUGUAAAUGAUAACCACUCCACAGUACAUCAAUAUUCAUUAGUCCAUUAGCAGGAGACAUGUGCAGGCUCCUCUUUAUGUUAAGGACAUAUUCCCUGGAUGCAUUACAAAAGAGCUGUCGUUGGAAAGGUUUAAAAAAAAUCCACUGAACAGUUAGAAGAAUUGCCGUCUUUGUAUAGAUGGUUGAAUACUUCUGUUUUUGAUUAUGUGCAUAGGGAUAAUUACUUGAUAGCAAAUGACACAUGAAUUUUGUUAGCUUUUUAAUUGUUUAUGAGUGAUAUUUUUGGUGAAUAUAAUAGACCAUAUGUAAAAUUACUUCACAGUAGUCUCCUUUCCUUUGAAACCAUUGUAAUCAAACUUGACUGUCUGUAAUCAGCGGCGGAUUUAGGGGGCAGUCCCCCACCCCCUUAUGGAGCUUCAUAUAUGACUAUAAAUGUAUAGACUUUUUACAAGUAUCACUCAAAAAUGUUUGCUUAACAGGGCCCCAUCCUUUUUUUUUAUAUUUUUUUAUAUUCUGGAUCCGCACGUGGUAAUGAUCCCUUAAGGAAUUCCCUCAUGCUGACAUUUGCAUUGGAUGUUGGUCAGUUUAUUCAAUGUCCUUUAGAUACUAUUGGCAUUAUUCAUCAACUCACUAAACACUUAUAUUUUUCAAGAAAUUAUGUUAUUCAUAUAAUUAAAUAGAUAUUUAAAGCUAAAACCUAUUUACUUAUUGUAUGUCUGUCUCAAAGAUUGUUAUCUAUAGAAAAAUACAUUUGAAAAUAUAUGACAGAAAUCUAUAAUUCUUCAAUAUGUAUAUAUAUAUAUAUAUAAUCCAAAAGUGAGUGCUAUAUGAUAAUUUAUAGACUUUUGUUAAAAAUUAAAAUAUUCAAAAUG